AUGGCUGGAUGUUCUUUCCACGCAGCUCUUCUUCCUGUCAUACCAAAUGAUGUGACCAGCAACCAAUUCAUUGUUCAUGAGCGGAUGUGUCAUCCUGAUAAUGAACAACUUCUGAUGGAUGUUGCGAAAGAGUACAAAGACGCUGGCUGGCUGGCAAUUUACACCCGAGUGGCUGUCUUGAUGUGCAAGGCAAAUAUUGACAAUAUCAAAGGCCGGGUUCUCCUUCAAACUCUGCCGUCUUGUGCUUAUAACACUGAGAAAACCGUGGAACACGCUCGGAUGUAUGCACGCGAAUUCGAAAAUGUCGGUAUUUUGAAGGAUCGCUUUUGCAUCAAGAUCCCUGUCACUGGUCCUGCGUUGAGCGCAUGCCCAAUUCUCCUCCAGGAAGGAAUCCGUACCCUCGGCACUGCAGUCUUCAGUGUUCACCAAGCAAUAGCAGCAAGCCAAGCUGGUUGCUUGUACAUCAGCCCUUACUACAAUGACAUUGCGACCCACCUUGAUCUCACACUGUGGCCAAAGUCUGCCGAUCCUGCGCGCCUACAUCCAUUCUCAUCUCGGUUUAUCCAGAUAGUUGAGAUUUAUAAGCAGAUGUACAAGGAGACAAAGAGCAGCACUUCAUCAAGCAUGCUGGAAGAAGCCAUGGCAGCUGGUGAAAUCGGUUGUCACUCAGCAACUAUCCCUCACCAAGUAAUGUUGGAGCUGUCGCAGCGCCCAUAUGAUAGCUCGCAACAGCCUGGACAAGGUCUCCCCAAGCCACCUCAUCCUUACAAGGAUGCGGCUCUCACACCCUCCCGGCUUCAAGAGAUUGCCAAGGUUGACCCGCUUACACCUGGUUGGGAUGGAGUGUUGGCAGCUACUGAUGUAGAUUACUUGGCGAACAAUGGGGCACAGUUGGAUCUUGAAAACGAGAACGAUCCUGAAACUAAGAAGCGACUUGCUGAGGCUCUUGAGGCUUUUGUGGGGGCUGAGAAGAGAAGCCGGGCUAAAGUCGAGGAGGUGAUGAAUUCUCUCUAG